AUGGAACAUAUGUGCCAGCUGGUGGAACUUAUAUACCACCAAACCCUCCAAGAGAAGCACCUGCACCAGGACUACCUAAAACAUUUACAUCGUCACAUGGACACAGACACAGGCAUGCACCAAAACCAGCACAACAACCACCUCCACAACCAGCACAACAACCAACACAACAACCAGCACAGCAACCAACAGUUCAAAACCCUGCACAACAACAACCACAAACAGAGCAAGGACAUAAAAGAAGUAGAGAACAAGGAAACCAAGAAUUCUUAA